UCACUGUACAAAUAUGCAUAGUUACUUGCCGUGGACCGUACAUGAAAAAAGACUUUGUCUUCAUAAAUCGAAGCCAUGGGUAGCAUACACUGGCUUGGAUUAUUGAUGAUACUUACAUUUCUUGUACUAAAUGGUCACAUUUGCAGUGCAGGCAAAGUAUCUGCAGAGGUGUGUAGUAAAGAUGGGACUGAGUGUAAUACUAUUGCAAAUUCAGCAUGUGACGUCCCAAGUCUGAAAUGUAAGUGUAUUGCUGGCUUUAAGGAAGAUAGCACAGACGGGAGUACAUGCGUAGAAAUAAAGAAAGUAUCUGAAGUGGUGUGUCCUAAUGGAGGAAGUGAGUGUAAUGCUAUCACACACUCUGCAUGUGCCACUACACAAAAAUGUAAAUGUGACACCGGCUAUGGUGAAGAUACUAAUGACGGAAGUACAUGUGUUAAGGAGGUCGAUAGUACGGAUUGUACAGUACAAGGAACCGAAUGCAGCUCUAUAGGUCAUGCUGAGUGCGACUCCACAACACACAAGUGUAAAUGCAGUGACGGAUUCAAGAUGAAUGCUGACAAGUGUAUCGCUGCAGACAAAAACGCAGGUGUGUCAGCAACUUUGGCAUUUAUCGUGCUUGCACUUCCUGUUACCUUGUCAAUAAAGGAGGCGAUUAUGUAAAGUUGCCAAUCAAAAGUUUGCAGGUAUAUGAUCGGUUUGAAAAUUGGUGUGACUGUUUGAAUUGUCAUAUAUUGCGUGCAAACUUCGUCCUUUUUUGUUUUUCUUUUCAAAGACUGUUUAAGACGAGUGUGUAAUUUGGAGGAAUAAUAUUUUUGUUUUUUGAAUUUGAACUUUAAGCAAAGAAAGAAGUGAACUAAUUUUUCACUUGACACUUAAUCAUUAUGGGUAUAGACUAUAUUAAUGUAUUAACGUUAAAUAAAAUAUAAUACCUGUAUCAUUUGCUUGUCUAAAUCUAGGAUUUCCUGUGUUGGAUGAAGUUUAUAAAACAUACUUGACUUACGAAAAUACAGGAGAUAUGAUGAGAUUAGGCAAGAUCUAAAAUUAAACCUUCUUAUUACACAUUAGAUGUUUGUAGAAUAAAAAUAAAUUUCAUUUAAAAAU